AUGGCAGUGGGUGAGAGGGAGUGUGAGUGUGGUUUAGGUGAGGAUGAUGUGGAGCAGAAUACAUUACUCAUGGGUAAUGUGGUUGUGAGAAGGGAAGAUGAUAAUGGUGGGGUUUUAAGGAGAUAUGCCCACCAAGUGUUUGAGUUAGGGGUGUUGUGUGAGAGGAGCUGUGAGAGCUUGGGGCUGGAUGAGAAGGUUGGCCAUGGUUCUGUUAUUCCCAUGAUAGCUGUUUUGGGGGAAAAGAACGAUGGAUCUCUGAGGUCUGUGGUUGUCAAAGGGAGACUCGGUAAUGGAGGGGGAGUUUUGGUAGAGAUGAUGAUAGUGGGUGGUUUUGUGUGGGUGUAG